AAGAUUUAUGCUAUUACAGGAACAAUAAACUUAAACAAACGCAGACAAAGAAAGAAUAGAACGAGCAUGGGAGCCGUUUCAAAAGCACAUUCUGUCGACUACUACUACUACUACUAUUGGCAACUCGUUAAUGUCGCAGAAUUGUCUUAGAGAAGGUCCUGUGCCUUUUACUAGGUAGCUGACAAGAAAAUCAUUAUAGGCUAUACCUACGUACCGUAAAAUAAAAUUUAGAAACCUGCUAACAAUAUGAGAUAUGCUCAGCUUGUUUUAGGCCCUGCUGGAUCAGGGAAGUCUACAUAUUGUGCCGCAAUUCAAAAACAUGCAGAAACACUGAACAGAGUCAUCAAUGUUGUAAAUUUAGAUCCGGCAGCAGAAGCCUUCUCUUAUAAUGCCCUCUUUGAUGUAAGAGACUUAAUCCAUGUCGAUGAUGUUAUGCAAGCUGAAGACAUGGAUUUUGGGCCAAAUGGAGGUUUAGUCUUUUGCAUGGAAUAUCUCAUGGAACCAGAUGGUCGUGAAUGGUUAAAGGAACAACUUGGGGACUAUGAUGAUGACUGCAUACUAUUUGAUUGUCCAGGUCAGAUUGAACUGUAUACUCACAUGGAUGUUAUGAAGAGGAUGGUACAACAACUCCAGAGUUGGGAUUUCCGUGUUUGUGCUGUAUUUAUUUUGGAUGCAGGUUAUAUGGCUGAUGCCUCAAAGUUCCUUUCUGGGUCCCUUACCGCAUUGUCAGUCAUGGUACAGCUGGAGGUUCCACAUCUGAAUGUUCUUACAAAGAUGGACCUUCUAAACCAGGCGGCACAAGAACAGAUAGAAACUUUCUUAGAACCAGAAAUUCAUGAGCUUCUGGUUUCUGAUCACAGUGUCUCAAAAUUUAACAAAAAGUACCGUAAACUUACAAGUGCUCUAGGUCAAGUUUUGGAAGAAUUCUCUUUAGUAAGAUACAUACCACUGAAUAUUAAUAAAGAGGAAUCUCUGACGGACUUACUGAUACAAGCAGAUUUUGCGCUUCAGUAUGGCGAGGAUGCAGAUGUAAAGACACAAGACUUUGAGUAUCCUGAUCCAGAAGAUGAAGAGCCUGAUGUUGAUUUUAAUUAGAAAAUUUGGGAUUUAACACAAGUGCUAGAGUAUUGUCUCCAUUUUCUUAAAGCCUCCAAUAUAGCAUAAGGCUCUCAACAGAAGAUAUCUUUUUCAGGAUAUGAGAGUUCUUGGAAAAAUGCCAAAAGUCUG